AUGCAAGAAGAACGAGGUCGUCCUCGCGAACGACCCCACGUGCAAUGGACGCCCCAAACUGUCCUCAACACACUCCCCCACCCCCCACCCACAAGCACCUCCCCCCCAACCCCAAUCCCGUUCUUCCACCUCCUCGAGCGCCUAAAAACAACCCCCCGGUCCGGCUGGCUCCAAGUCGGGAUCCCGCACGGCGAGUCCAUCUCCGACCACAUGUACCGCAUGGCCGUGAUGGCCAUGAUGCCGCCGGCGAGUCUAGCCCGGGGACUAGAUAUCUCGCGGUGCGUGGCGAUGGCGCUAGUGCAUGACAUGGCGGAGUGUUUGGUGGGGGAUUUCACGCCGAGGGAUGUGGGGAUCUCGAAGGGGGAGAAGGCGAGGAGGGAGGGGAGUGUGAUGGAGUAUAUUCAGGGGGUUUUGUUGGGAGGGGUUGCUGGGGGGAAGAAGAAAGAGGAGGGGGGUUUGGGGUUAGGGAAUACGUUGGGGUUGGGGUUUGCGAGUGGGAGUGGGAGUUCAAGCGAUGAGGAUGGGGAGGAGGGGAAGGAGCAAGGAUUGAGAGGGCUGUUUGAUGAAUAUGAAGCGAAUCAGACCCCGGAGGCGCGGUUCGUGCAUGAUGUCGAUAAGCUGGAGAUGUUGCUGCAGGUGCUGGAGUAUGAGCGGGCGACGGGGCGACGGCUGGACGAGUUCUACCAUGUGGUGGAGGAGAUCCGGUUGAUUGAGAUGAGGGAGUGGGCGGCGGUGGUGAUGCAGGAGAGGGAGGAGUUCUUUGCGGGUUUGGAGAGGAAGGGCCAGGAGAAGAAGGGGACGGGGAGGGGGAUCUGUAGAUGGUUACGACGAUGGAGGAAGACGGGGAAGGCGGGAAAUUAG